UAUAGCGAAAGGGGACUUUAUUUACUUCCGGGGAAACGUCGUUUGGUGUCGGGGCAGUUUGAGCUGAGCUCCAUGUGCUAACAGCUAAAUGCUCUUAGUUUGGGACUGCAGUCCAAAAACAUAAGGCCGUUUUGAGUCGAAUAGAGUUGUUCCUCAUGUCUGGAAGAAGUGACGGAGCGCAGUGGGUUGAAACAACCGAGGAGGUUGUUGUGAUAGAGGAGUGCAACACCCCGACAGUGAUAAAAGUUUUGGAGUCAGCAGAAACGCCAAUCCAGAAGUUACUGGACGCUGUGGGACAAGGAGAAAACGCAGAGAGUGGGAGUGGAUUUUAUUGUGAAGAGUGUCUGACUCUCUUCCAGGACCAGAGUGAUCCCGAUGGCAUUAAUGGCCCCUCUUUUGUUCUCGACUUCCCAACGAGUGUGGGCGUCCCCGAGAGGGCCCUCCUCACUCUGCCUUUUGGCCUGAUGAUAGGCCGAUCCAGUAUUCCCAGUGCGGGAGUUGGCGUCAUAAAUCACGGGCCAACAAUGUCCCCUGGAAUGCAUUUUGGACCAUACGAGGGGGAAGGGAAAAUAAUGGAAGAUGCUUUAGCGAGUGACUACUCCUGGGAGAUUUUCAAAGGCAAGGAUCAGUACGAGUACAUUGACGCUGCCAAAGAAUCACACUCUAACUGGAUGAGGUACAUCAACUAUGCUCGCAAUAAAGACGAGACAAAUCUGUUGGCGGUCCAGUACAAAGGCAGCAUCCUGUAUCACUGCUGCCGCACCAUCCACGCUGGAGACGAGCUCAUGGUGUGGCCCAGCAGCAAACUUCUCACCCAGUUCAGUGGAGCUUGGACCCAGAUGUGGCGUAUGAAGCUGAAAGCAGCAGAGAACAACAUAUCUGCGGCAUCUCAGAUCUUCCAGUGCGCCGACUGUCGGCUCUCCUUCACCACAGAGUCCUUCCUCCAGCGUCACGCAGAGUCCCGUCACUCCCGGCCCGAGGCGGCAGCCGAUGAUGAAAAUCGCGCGUCCUCGGCCGACUCGGAUCAGGCCGCGGCCUCCUUGGCCCUGUUGUCUGUCAAUUCGGCGGCGUCCAAAACGUGCGGCGAUUGCGGGAAGACUUUCAAGCAGAUCCCUCACCUCAGGAGGCACAAGCUUUGCGUGCACUCGAACAAGCGGCCCUACUGCUGCCCGCACUGCAGGCGAAGCUUCAGUCAGGCGUCCGGCCUGAUCAGGCACCAGCUGGUUCACAGGAAGCAAGAAGUCGACCCUGAUCAGAGCGCAACCCUUGAAGAAAAAGAAAGCUCGACACCCGUGUCAGAAUCUGUAUCGGAGAAAAUAAAUGAAAAAGAGAACGUGGAAGAAGAAUUUAUAGAUAUGAAGGAAACUGCAAACACUUCUAAAGGUAAAGCAGAAACAUCCCAGUUUAAUUGCUCAGACUGUGGUAAGAGCUUUAUAAAUGAAACAUCCCUCAAGAAACACAAGAUGACUAUCCACGAGAGGAUACGUCCGUACGUCUGCGCCGUUUGUCAGAAAUGCUUCGGUCAGUACAACGACCUGGACCGGCACCUGCAGUCUCAUCACAAGCAAAGCAAAAGCCCGGGGAAAAUAAAUGCCGCUCUGCCCUUCAGCUGCGCCGAGUGUUCGCUGACCUUUUCUUCCGUGGACGCCCUGCAGCAGCACAUAAGCGAGCAUCGCUCAAACGCCGCCGCACGGCACGGAGUUGAUCCCGAAACGGUUGAGUCCGUCCAGAAUCUUCCCCCUCGGAGGCCUCAGCGACUUGGAGCUAGAUCCAAAGUUUCCGCCAUAACCAAACUCAUAGCGCCUAAGCGGAGAGCGGCCAGUCCCGCUCGAGCCGAGAGUAACUCCGCCGAACCCGAGCCUCCCGCUGCUGCCGCCCGAAACGGAAAGCUGGGAAAAUACAAAUGGUUCUGCUGCAACCGCUGCAAACAAACCUAUGGGAACCCGGACGAUCUGAAAGCGCACAAGUGCACUUUGAGGCAGCACAAGUGCGGACAGUGCGGGGCGACCUUCAGCAAGACCGGCUUUCUGAAAAGACACGAGGUGACGGCACACGCCAAGGUGAAAUCUUACAGCUGCGACCGCUGCGGCAAAGUGUUCACGACGUGCGGAAACCUCAAACAGCAUCAGAAGAGCAACACUUGCAUGAAGUACCACUGCACGUCUGAGCUCUUCCCGUGCUCCUUCUGUCAGUUCUCCUUCACGCUGAAGAGCUACCUUAUCAAACACAUCAAGAGGCACCACCACGUCGAGUACGUGUCACAGCCCGAUUCGACAAGUCUGGCGGAUCAGCUGGAGGAGGAGGAGGAGGAAGACAAAGGCCAAAAAGAAUGCCCCGUGUGCGGGAAGAGCUGCGCGAGCACCAAAGAUCUGAAAUCUCACACGUGCUUCAGGAAGCUGAAGGUCAUGUACCUGUGCACGGACUGCGGGAAGGGCUUCACCAACCACUACGGCCUGAAGCAGCACCAGCGCAUCCACACGGGCGAGAAGCCGUACAGCUGCCCCCACUGCAGCAAGAGCUUCUCGUACAUCGGCCAGCUCAACGUGCACCUCAGGACUCACACGGGGGAGAAACCGUACCUGUGCACGCACUGCGGCGAGAGCUUCCGGCAGUCGGGGGACCUGAAGAGGCACGAGAGGAAGCACACGGGAGUGAGGCCGUACAGCUGCCCGGAGUGCAGCAAAGGCUUCAGCCGCCUGCAGAGCCUCAAAGCGCACCAAAUGCUCCACCAGGGACAGAGGAUGUUCAAGUGCACUCAGUGCGGGAAGAGCUUUUCCCGGAACUAUCACCUCAGGAGACACCAUCAGAAGAUGCACAUGUAGCCCGGCCGUCUUCAGGAGCUGCCGAAUACCGUGGAAAUGGCUCCCAGUGUGAACUAAGUUGUGCUAAACACAUUGUGAAUGUCUUGUACAUAAUAUUAUUUAACAAUCGUAUCCAGAAGAGGUUUUUGUGUUGAUAAUUAAGUGUGAUUG